AUGGAGCAACUAAGCUUAAGCGUAGCCUUGGCGCGCGGAACUGCGACGGCGGGAAGCGAAGCUACGAGCGGAGUUUGCGGAUCGAUUCCCGAGCGACAUCCCACCAGUGUCAAAGUACGAGUCACCAGUCCGACACCGCAUCGAGCUCAAGCCGGGAGCGAAGAAGCCGAACUUGAAGGGUUAUCGCACACCGCACCGUUAUCGAACAGCAUGGAAACGACUUCUGGACCAGCACAUCGCCGCCGGGCGUAUACGGAAGUCGUCAUCCGAAUACGCGUCGCCAUCGUUCAUCAUCCCAAAGAAAGGCAUGGAGAAGGACGAGUCGAUCUUACCGAGAUGGGUCUGUGACUACCGUGAGCUCAAUGAGGGAACUGUUCAGGACCGCACCCCCCUACCACUUCCAGACGAGAUUCUGUCGGUCUGCUCGAAGGCCUGA